UCGAAGGUUGACGAAAUUCGCCGAAGUAUUCUCAGUCCUAGGUCGCCAUUUCCCUCGGGGAGUCAUCGGUAAAUCGUGUUUUUUUUUAUAUAUUAUUCCGAUUAAAGUGUAUUUUUUUCGGUCAGUAGCACCGCCGAAAAUUUCGUUUACACAAAACCCGGUGGUUCGACCUCAAAUGGCUUGCUUGAACACCCUCAAGCAGGAGAUAAAAACUCUCGAGUCUGUCUUCCCAAAGAGCCAUGAGAGGUUUCAGAUAAUGUCCGCGAGUGUGGACGAGCUCAGUUGCAGAUUCGUCGGUAAAAAUGGAAAAAAGUACGAAAUUCACGCCAAUAUUACAGAAACUUAUCCUUCCACUCCACCCGUUUGGUUCGCCGAAUCUGAAGAAACGAGUGUUACGAAUGCCGUACAAAUUCUGAGUAACACAACCGGGCGUGACAAUCAUGUCAUAAAUCAAGUUGGCAUACUCCUCAAAGAGUUGUGCCGUCUUCAUUCCCUACCGGAACCACCGGACGUUGAGUUACUUAGAACAGCAUUGGAUCCCCUUCGUCUCGGCGGAGCAACUGCUACGGUAGCACAGAGAAUGGAAGCCGAGGACACGGAGGAUCUUGAUGACGACGAGGAGAGCGAGACUGAAGAAGACCUUCAUUUGGAUAUGGAUGAGGGUGAAGCCAAUGCCAAGAGUAAGGCUGACGAAAUGGAUUUGGAGCACCUAGCGACGUUGGAAAGGCUGAGACAAAACCAGAGACAGGAUUAUCUUCGAGGUUCGGUGUCGGGAAGUGUGCAAGCAACCGACAGGCUUAUGAAGGAAUUACGUGACAUCUACAGAAGCGAUAGCUUUAAAAAAGGAAUGUAUAGCAUAGAGCUAGUGAACGACAGUUUAUACGAGUGGAAUAUCAGGUUAAUGUGCGUCGAUCCGGAUUCGCCUCUCCACAAAGACCUUGUUCUUCUAAAAGAGAAGGAAGGCAAAGACAGUAUUCUUCUUAACAUGAUGUUUAAGGAGACAUAUCCAUAUGAACCGCCUUUCGUUCGAGUGGUUCACCCUAUAAUAUCCGGUGGCUACGUCCUUGUCGGCGGUGCAAUUUGUAUGGAGUUGCUUACGAAACAAGGCUGGAGUUCGGCGUACACCGUCGAAGCGGUUAUAAUGCAGAUAUCGGCGACUCUCGUAAAGGGAAAGGCGCGUAUACAGUUCCAGGGAGCGGCAGGAGCUGGAAAAGUUUGCGGUGGACAAAGCCAAUACAGUCUCGCGCGCGCACAACAGUCAUUCAAAUCUCUAGUUCAAAUACACGAGAAGAAUGGUUGGUUCACACCACCGAAGGAGGAUGGCUAAUGAAAAUGGAGUUUUGAGUAAGGAAAAGAGAAAAAAGAUAUGACGCGUGCUUACAGCUGAGACUUUAAUACGGUGUGUGCCCAACAAAUAAUUGUUACGAUAAUGAUUUGAUACACGAAAACACAACUUUAACUAGGUAAAAAUUAAGAAUACUGAAUCUAAUUUUACGUAGAAUUCCUUCGAUCGCUAAAAAGGCUGCCGCGCAAAAAGAGAAGCGAAAAGAAAACACAUAAACGAAAAAAAAAGAAAAAUGAAACAGUGCAGUGUUUUGGAUCUUGAAAGCGAGCGAGGUCGACGAGUGAUUAAUUAUUGGGAUACUGAAUAUCGACGAGAGUGAGACGAAGAAAUUAGGGGGUAGCGGGGAACGAGGAACGCGCGAGCAUCGCUUAAAAGUGGUUUUUUUUUUCGUUUUUUUUCAUUUGCAAGUUACCCGAGUAUUGCCUAUAUUCCAAUUGACGUACCCAACUCUCGCGUGCAACCAAACUUAUCUCGAGCGCGCGUGCGCGUGGUGUGUGCGCGUGGCGUGUGUGUGCGUGCGUGUGCGUGUGUGAGGUGUAUACAUGUAUAUACAUACGUACGAAAAAUGCGUGUCGUCACAAGGGCAGGGUGUCAAAUGGACAUCGGGCGAUUCUCCAUCGUGUCAAAUGCCCAUAAAAUGAAGAUAUACCGCGCCAUUGUAUGGUCGUCAACGGUAUAUCUAUAUUUUAUGGGCAUUUGACAAGAUGGAGAAUCGCCCGAUUUGCAUUUGACACCCUGCCGUCACAAGUAGUAAAUCGCGUAUACGUUCAAUAUCGUUUCCUCCCCCUUCCUUUUUCUUUGUUAACUCCGCACUAUUUUUUUUUCCUUUUAACACCGUCUAAUGGCGGUUUAUGUGGAUCGCAUUCAAUAAUUAAAUAAUUAUACAGAACGACAUUGUGGUGGCAACGAUGAGCAAGAUUUUUUUGUUCUGAAAAAACCGUUUGGAACGAUUUCGUUUUAAAUUUUCGAUGUGCAAAAAAUUUUGUUUUUCAGUAUUUAUUUUUUCGUUAUUGCGUCCAAGUUUUUUUCUUAUCGUUCAUAUUUGAAACCUUAACGUCGAAUGAUUUUUUCCUUCGACCCUGAUAUUUGUUGAAUUUUGGGAUGAAACAAGCCGUUCGUAUUUUGAAUAAAAGUUAGACAAAGAUUAAA